CUCAACCAGCAAAAAACAACCAGCGCCCGCAUGGACAGUGCACGCUCCCCAUGCGCCGGAGGUACAAAGGAGGCCUCGAAGCGGAUGCGGAGAACCAAAGGACUGAGCGGCAAAAGGAGGUAUCCCUGCUGCAGCAGGUGCUGCAGUUCGGCUUCUCAGGCGACGCCAGGCGUAGUGCCCAAGAUGGUCAGAGUCCACCCCCAUUGGCGUCCCAUGUGGCGGCCUUCCUGGGGGCCUAUGGCUGCGUACGACUGGCACGCUGUGCGAUGGGCUGGCAGCGGUUUGUUCCCACAGGUCUGCGAGGGGAAGAUCUCCAACGCUGGGCCCUGGAGCAUUGGCCAAUCAGGCCGGUCCUGGAGGCACCACCUCAGGAUAUCACUAUACUGCCUCUGAUGGCGCUCUGGGCGCCUGUUUCAGCCAGCGAACUUCCAGCCAUGCUGGACACGGUCUUCGCGAGCUUUGCCCGGGAACCGGAGGCCUUGGGAAAGGCCGAUGCGCGUGGCCAACUGCCGCUGCACGUAGCCGCCCGGCGGGGCAAUGCCGCGCUGCUGCAGCUGCUUCUGGUGCGAUGA